AAGCAGCAUCCCAAAGAAUCAUAGAAACGCUCUGUUUCUCUUGAGCCAUUGCUUGUGAGAUGCAUGGAGAGGAUGCACUUCAGAAUGACUCCUGGUUCCGUUUGCUUCUUUCCGCAGUGGCACCGCUAUAAAAGGACCAGAGAGACCAAGCACAUUCUUCCUCCUGGAAUCCUCCUAAUACCACUGGGUUUUUCAUGAGAGCGAUGGCAACGCAAGUUGAAGUCAGCUCUGCCCUCACUUCCUUGAACAAUAUAGCUGAACUUAAGAAUGAAGCCACGCUGCAGCAUGCCUUUGUCAGCUCUCUUUCGGACACAAGCAACAAGGGCAGCGAGCAUCCCAGUUCUUUGUCCCCGUUGAUUCUGGAAGGAAGGAGCAAAUUUGGAAGCCCCGUGAGGCCGGCCACCAUGCCUCCAGCUGCUUCAAGGCCACGGCUAACUCCCAAGCCGUUUUCCAGGGAGAUGUCUUCAGACACUUUCACCAUGGUGAAGCCUCCUGUCCCAGCACUCAAACCCAGCAAUGCUGCCCCCAAACCUUCCACGUUUGCCAAAACUUUUGGAGAUACAACCACGGCUAAGGGGUUAACUGGAAAUGUCCCGCCACUGGUAGAUCACAAAUUAAUUGAAAACAAAAGUACCAGGGAGUUAGUUGCAAAUAUGCCCUUUUAUUCCAGUCCCUUGGCAAAUACAGUUAUCCUCUUUAAAACUGGAAGCGCGGAGAAAGCCAGGAUGAACUUGACUCCCGAGAAGACAUUUAGCACUUUACAAGACCCAGAGGGGCAACUUCCUCCUUCAAUGUCAGAGAUCUCCUACCGAAGAUCCGAAAGCGCUGGCAUUCAUAGGCAGUCGUCUCUGUCCUCAGAGUCCAGGCCGGUCUCCUGGAAUCUACGCCGAUCUCACGAAAGGAAAGACACCUUUUCAGGUGCCACUGAGGAAAGAGCUAAAGAUGUUGAAAAGGAACCGAGUAACAGCAGCAUUAGCUUGGUUAGCGAGGUGCAGCCCAGGCCUAAACAAAGACCGGUGUCUGCCAUCUUUCUGGAAUCGUUAAAGGAUCCAAAGCAGUGCAGUCCCGACAUUGCUGAUGAAAAAUCUACCCUUGAGAAAUCGUGGGUUAGGAAACCUAGGCCACUGUCCAUGGAUCUCACCGCAAAAUUUGAAAGCCGCGACCUUUCUGUGCAGAGGAGAUCAUGCCCAGCUGAAGGCAAGGAAAGAAACCUCGUUGCUCACUUUGUUGAUGUGGGCAGUAGCAGACCAUCGGAAAUCGGGGCAAAGAGUGAAGCAGCAGGUUUAAGUCCAGCUGAUACUUCAAAAUCAAAUUUGAAAAGUGCCGUUCCGGUUGCUGACUUCCAGUGUGCUAAAAGCAAAUCCGCUGCACAAAUCCAGAAGCCUUCUCCAAGUGAGGUUGCGCCUUUGUGCUGGAACGCACCGAAAGACGUGGGUCAAGCCUCUGCGAAGGACAGAAAAUACCUGUGGGAGCUGAGGCUUAAAAGUCAAGACGAACAGAAUGAGGGAGAAACGGAUAUUGCAGCGAUUUCAGAGAAAAUCAAGGAACCAUCCAAUAGCAAAGGCCAGUCGGUUAAGGAGAGGACAGUAUUAAAUCAAAAGGACACUCCUGCCGUCAGUGAAAACUCUACGAAUGCCGAAAACAAAAGCUUGAGAGGAGGCAGUGUUAAAAUACCUGUUAAUUUCCAGGAUGCCUUAGCCAACGGCACGACUCCAGGGAAUGCUGAAUCUCUCCCAGAAAGCCCUGGAAAAGAAAAGAGAAUUCUGAACAUCCAGCAGAGAAUCAAAGAACUGACCGCAGAAAAUACAGACACCAAACCAGUAAACCAGCGCCGGUCGUUCCGGUCACGGCCUCUUUCUGCAGAUUUGACAAAGCUGUUUUCCAGCCCCAUGACAGCUGGUGAAAUGAAACCCGAGAGGCAGUUGGAAGUGAACAGGGAGUCCCUUAGUGAAACACCAGACAUUCAAGAGAAUGAGACACAGCCGCUGCGUGGAACAGAUUCUAAAGAAACCCAUGUGGCUGGAACUCCAUGGAAGCCACAGCAGCUCAUAAAAACAGCACAGACGGCCGGGCACCUAGAGAGAGAUGGCAACCUUGUCAGAGAGAGGCAAAAUGUCACCCUGCAGGGUGAAAGUCCUGCUCGGGUCGCAAGCCACGACACAAGGGCACAUUCCAUACCUCCUCCUCCUCCUGCCGAAAAUGCCGCGAGCAUUAAAACGGUCAGAGCAACCAUGUUUGAGCACAACGUGCAAAGGCACCACGUAGCUGCUGAUCAUUUUGGAGCUGAGCCUGCGUUACAGCCGAUGAAGGAGCUCGUUGGAAGGCAGUUGGGACAUGGCAAAGAAUCAUGGAUGGAGAGAGAACUGGAAGCUAAAACACUCCCAAAGAAAGCGCUAUCCAGGCAGACAUCACUGGAUGCCGAAAAACACUGGAAAACAGAAUCGUUAAAUGAAGUCAAAGCCCUACAGGCUACUACCUGGGGAAAGUACACUGCAAAGGAGAUGUAUGAAAAGCCCACUCCAAAGCACGUCGAGGACUCCUUAGUGUACCAAAGGAUCGAGCCCAGAUACGAAAUUCUCCAGACAGUUGGCGAAAGGGUGCAGAGUGAGGCUGUCACAGCAGUGCCUGAAGACAAGGCCGUAACUCUACGAAGCCGACGAUCCUUGAAAGAGAGGAGAAAAAUGGACGGGAGCGCCACGGAUGCCGUUUGGCGACGUAGCCUUGACGUUAAGGGAGACAGCUGGAAAGAGGACGGUCUCAUUUCCAAACCGAAAGCCACGGAGGAAGCUGCUUCAAAGACAUCCCCUUUGAGAGAGCUUAACGUCUCUCAGAGUUAUCAUGCUUUCCACGAGCAUGUAAAUGAAUUGAACAGAAAUCGGACUGGACAGCAGCAUGCCGCUGUGAAACCGUUGUACUUCACAAAUAGAAAUAAGGAUUUAGGGACAGCAGAUGACAAAGCCGCUAAGCUGACUCCGGAAGUCGAUGAAGAAAAAGGUGGAGCUGUCCUGGCUGGUAAGUUGGAAAGUUCCAAACUGCUGAAGCGCUUCUCUGAGAAUUUUGGAGCAGGGCCGGGCAGGACCGAAGACUGUGAAGCCAGAGUUAAUGUUGGUCAGAACUCGGUAUCAUCUGUUACCAGCGAACAUGAGAGUCAACCUUCACUUUAUGGGGUUAGCCAAUGGCACAAAUUCAGCAGGAGAGCUUCCCACCUGAGUACAGACCCUAAGCCAACGUCUGAGCAGGAAACAUCUAAAGUAUUUGGACUAAAGACGUGGCCAUCUGCAUAUGGCGUACAAGAAGAACUGAAUGUUUCAGACCGUAGAGCUGGAGGAGAGAGAUUUCAACAGCUGGAUGCAGAAGAGAAGGUCAGGAGAAACGGCCGUCACGUUUCUACUACAAAAGCUUCAGAAAGGUGGCGAAGGAAAACUUUGCCUCACGACGCCGCGAGGUUUGAGGAAGUCAGAGAACUGGCUCAGGAGAAUGCAAAAUCGCUGAGCAGAAGGGACUCCUUGCAACUUUGUGACGGGUCAGUUGCGAAGAGAAGCCCCGUAGCCAGAGAUGGAGCAGAGCCAAGGGACGGGAGCUUCAGGGGAACUCCCGGUAGCCCAGACGAUAGUCUUAAGAACCAGCUCUCUCCUUCCGAGGCGAAGGCAACCUAUUUUGCUGUUACUUACCAAAUUUCUGAUGAAAAUGAAAAUACAUCUGGAAAUGUUUUUGAGCCCCUCAAAAGCAGAUAUGUUUCUUCACUAGCAGAAGAUGUUUCAGUUACUUCCAGGAAAUCCCAUCCCUCCAGUCGCCAACCCACUCAAAGUUUUUCAGACACACAAGGAUCUCUGGACAGGCAUCUCAGCAAGAACGGGAGAGGAGGGGACGCUUCAGAUUCCCCAAAGCAAGGGGCAUUUAAAUACCCGCUCAGUGAGGUGAGAGAUGCGAAUUGGAGGUCUCUCGAGAGACGACGAGUGGCGGAGGCUAACGAGAGAUUUAAAGAUCUCAAUCCUCCUCUCCAUUCAGAGCUGAAAUCUCCUCCUUCCUUUAGGCGCAUUCCCCAAGACGGCGAGCGUAUAGGGCAAAAGAAGCACAGCGACCGUAGCCAUGGGAUGGCCACAGAGAAGGCUGCUGAUAAUUACAGGUCGAGAGUUCUUGAUAUUGAUGUGCUCAUGGCAGAAUAUGGAGAGGAUUCUAAGAAGGCCUCUGCGAUUCAGGACAAGAGAGGGGGCCGUCUCCCUGAAGACAGCAGCUUGGCUUCUUGGGAGAAAUUGGCCUCUAAAAGGACUUCCACGGAUAAAACGUCUUAUGGUUACAACCAGAGAGACCCUAAAAGGUUGGAUCAUUCCCCAGGAGGCAGCAGGCGGAGCUUCUACGCCACAGAGAAUGUGUGUGUAGGUGAGAGAGAGAAGUCAGAGAGCUGCAGCCAGGAACCGAGUCCCUUAAAGGCUAGAGAUGUGAACUUCAGCCCUCCGAACUGGGGGAGGCUGGCCGCAGAACAGACAAAGUAUUUGCCCGCCGAUCCGGCCAGCAAUAGGAAAAAAACGUUCAUUAUUGAUGAAGGGGAAGGAGAGAGCCUGGUGCUGAGGCACCAAACUGAGAAAUAUGCCAACUACAAUACACAAGUUUCUGGUCCUGUGUGUAUGGCUGUGGAACCAGAAGCCAGCGUUGCUGCUGCUGCUCCUCUUCCUUCUCACCCCCAGCUGCAUGCAGAUGGAGCCCUGUGGAAGGGGGAAAGCCCAAAGCAGCAGGCAGCUGCAUCUUCAGACGAUGAUGGGUGCACAGACGUUAAUAGGAGUGGGGUAAAGAAGAGGAAAUCUGGGGCGAAUGGAAGUUCUCUUGAGAAGGAGUCCUCUGCCAUCGAGAGUGGAGCCAAAUGGACCAGCAGUGUCACACCUAGUUUGUUAAAUGCCCUGCCAGACUUAAGGCGUUCCUACUCCGAAAAGUCUCGACAGGCCAGACCGAGGGGCAACUUACCUUCUGGACCGGGAGCCAAAGAAAGGCAGGACCAGAACAGAGUCCGUCAAAGUUUCCCACCUGAAAGCGCAGAGAGCCGGCUGAACAAAUGGACCGCGUCGCAACAUGACUCUUUCCUCCAGGAAGGGAAAAAGCAGGACCCUGAAAAAGAACGGACCGAGCCGGACCGUGAUGUCUCAGCAGCAAGAAAUCCUCCACACCUUCCUAUACAGCGGAGGAGUCGCAGUUUUUACAAAGACAAAAGAGUGGAUCACUGGACCAUGGACCAACUGAAGCAGUGCUUUGGGCGGCCGGCCGCGGAGGCCAAGGACACGGACACGCUUGUGCACGAGGCAGACAGUCAGUAUGGCACCUGGAGUGACCAGCGGCACAGCGGGGACAGCUUUGCGCCGGAGUCGCCUUCCUCGGAAAGCCACGCGGCCCCGACUCGCAGGCAGCCCUCCGGCAGCCGGCUCUCGUCGUUCUCCUCUCAAACGGACCCUGCCUCCACCACUGACCAGCAAGACUCCUCGAGGGACCACAGGAGCGCCAGCCUGGACCGCUCAAGCACGGACGUGGAUUCGGCCGACAGCGUCCCCACGCCGGUCGGGCCCUCCGUGGACUUCUCCUUCCUGGAUCAAACCCCCGUGCUGGACUCCAGCGUCCUGAAAACCCGGGUGCAGCUCAGCAAAAGGCGACGCCAACAUCGAGCCCCGAUUUCCCACUCGCUCAGGAGAAGCACCGGCCCAGACGACGAGCAGCAGCUGUCCAGGACGGAAGAGGUCGACGGUGCCUGGAUGUUCCAGGAUGCCACCGAAGGAGAGAAGUCGUCAAAGAGAGAAGAUUCCGACGAGGAAGAAAAGCCGCAGCCCAGGGAGAGGUCGCCUGCCUCCCAGCCCCAGAGGCGCCCCGUGUUUCCAGGGAUGGACCACUCCGCCCUCAAGGCUCAACUCAGGAAAAGACAUGAACCAGAGGGAGCCGGAGAAGGCCAUCCUAUGCAGUUGCCCAGGUCACCGAAAUCCCCGUUUCAGUCUGGAGGAGUCUCUGGCGGCCGAGUGCUGCCUGCAGGCACGGAGAAAGAAGAGAGGUCAGAGGAACAGUCUCCACAGUGGCUGAAGGAGCUGAAGUCCAAGAAGAGGCAGAGCCAAUACGAAAACCAAGUGUGACGACCCAAGAUGGAAGCCACGACGAUGUGGAAAAGGACGCUGGACCUCGUGAAGGAAGAAGCCUUAACUCGCCCACGACCCCGUACCCCGUUGCUGUUGCUUCCUGCCUCGACUGCUCUGUGCACGGUGCCUUCCCAGCUGUAGUCCUAGCCCGAUACGACACUGGAGGAGGCGAGCGCUGCCCUCCGGCUCCCAAGGGGCAGCUCCUGUCCUCAGGCUGAGCCCCUGCAGGUGCCACCGCGUGCCCGGAGGGGCCUCCUUCUUCCCCAGACUCGGCCCCGCUGCAGAACAUGGUGGGCGCACCUGCAAAUGUCGCCCCCUGGCUGCGGAGGCGGGCAGGAAGACCCUGCUCCGCGUCAGUUGAUGAACCAAGAGAGGACGUUGGAAUGAAUGGACCAGAUUUGUGUGAAUGAAUUGUCACUGUCUGAGGAAGGGAUGGGAGGAAGAGAAAGUGUGUGUGUGGGGGGGGAGGUGGGGAGAGGAACAGAUUAUGUUUACUGCCAUAUCGAAAAGGAAACUUAACCGAUUAUUUUUUAAAGUAUAUUUUGGAUCGGCUGAUUAUUUACUUUGUGGGUCUGCUUCUCGGCCAGGACAAUGUGAUUUUGUUUCGUUUAUUUGUUCCUUCUUCUUCUUCUUCUUCUUUUUUUUAGGAUCAAAGGAGAUUUUAUUGUUAACGGAGAUUUUAUUGUUAACGGAGAUUGUAUAUGUAUUCUGUCAGCACAUGGAACAAUUGCUUUACGAUGAGUAUCCCGUUCCUAGGAGGGAUCAAGCAAUAAAGUCAGACAGUCCUUAUUAAAAUAGCUGUAAAUAA